UAACUUCUCCAUUACCCUUUGGAUCCAAUCCACUACUAUUUAAAAAGCCCACCAUCUUCUCCGAACUCAACAUAAGAAAAAAGAGAGAGGGGAAAAAAUUAAGGGAAAAAAAAAAUGGCAGUAGCAGUGGAGAUCCCAAAAGAGUACGGCUACGUCGUCCUCGUUCUUGUUCUGUACUGCUUUCUCAAUAUCUGGAUGAGUUUUCAAGUGGGAAAAGCUCGAAAGAAGUACAAGGUUUUCUACCCGACGAUGUACGCGAUCGAAUCGGAGAACAAGGAUGCAAAGCUGUUUAAUUGUGUGCAGAGAGGGCAUCAGAACUCGCUGGAGACGAUGCCGGUGUUUUUCGCCACGAUUUUGAUUGGGGGAUUCCAGCACCCUCUUAUCGCGACGGGGUUAGGGUUGCUGUACACCGUUGGGAGGUUCUUUUAUUUCAAGGGCUAUUCUACUGGUAUCCCCGAUAACCGUUUGAAGCUUGGGGGUAUUUACUUCCUCGGUAUGUUUGGGCUUGUACUCUGCACUGCUUCCUUCGGUAUCCAUCUGCUCCUGUGAUGCGUGAUUACUUUGUUCUCUGUGUUUUCAGAGUUCUUUUCUCGCAAUCUAUCUAAUCUAAUAAUAGAGACAGUUUAUGCCUGGUCCGCUGUUGCAUCCUUCGCUUUCGGCCAAAUAAUGAACGAGUUUGUUCUGUUAUUAGCGCGUGGACGUGGACUUGUAUGUAAACUUUGUUUUGUUAUUGCAUGGACAUAGACUUCUAUGUAACGCUGUUGAGCUCCAGCUGAGUCGUUUUAGCGUCGAUCUCCUUGAAAAUUCUGAGUGUUUGGUCACCAAAUCAAUUCGGGAGGGUAGAGAAUGGGGCUGAGUCACUUUAAUGUUUUUGUUGUGGUUA